AUGGAAAAGGUACGCAAGACCUAUUUCGACCCUUUGGCGACGACCAAGGGUCAGAUACGCGACAUUCUGGAGGGCCUUCCCGAAGGUUCAGCACAUCCUUUCAGCUCCGAAGGCAUCUUGUUAUGCCGCACGAAGGAUGGGAUUGAAGAGAUCCCCAUCUCAGGUCACAGCGAAGAAUUCUUCUACAAUGCUGUGGAUCUAGGAGAGAUGGGCGAGAUCCUGCUACGGCGGAUGGAAGGGUUCAAAAAUAACCUAGGUAUAUUCAGCGACUUUCAGAUCAUGCAGGCUCCGUCCACCACGUUCAAGGUCCCUAUCAAAUCAGGAAUCUCCAUCCUAGCAAUCUCGGAACGAUAUCCCACUUACUACGACUUGUGUUUCGGCGACGAAAAACGCAACACUUCUUGCUGGUGUUCUCAGUCGGUUAUUGCAGGCAUCACACACAGUGGUGAUCGCACCACCGGAAAUGAUCUUCUUCAGUACGCUUCCCUGGAUAAGGAUAAGUUAACAGAAGAUCCUGUCUGCGUUUUUAUUUCUGGUUUUAGGAAGACCCAGAUCACACGCUUCCUAGGCACCCACCCAGCACUGAUGGUGGCAGACUAUGAGGAAAAGACAUUGUACAUCGUCCCAGUCCCUUUGGACAAGGCAACUAUCGGCGACGCAAUCCUCUGCUGUCCUUUAGUGGUAAAGCGCGAUGGGGACUCACUAGUGUGCUCAAUACUGCCUCGAGCCAUGGUAGAUUCAACAAACACAUGUGAAGGACGACGCACCGAGACCACUUGCUUCUCUGAGGCCAUUUCCAGCGCCGAGUUCACCAUCACUGCCCUCCAGGAAGACCCUGUCCAGCAGGCGGAGGAAAAGAUUCCAGAGUCGACUCUAGUAGAGAUUAAGGGUGAACCUUUGAAGAAGCGCAAUGCUAUCAUCACCACUAAUCCUGACACACUUCCUGAUCUGUUCAGCUACUCUGACGUGCAGAUAAUUCGAUUCGGUAAGGGCCUUGAAUUCGUUCACUCGGAAAAUACCGCCGAAAAAGACGAGAACAAGUCUGCCGUCGUUCUUCCCUGCAUCUUCGGCUCUCAACUAGAAGGGCCAGUACUUCUCGCCACCGGAAAGGCUCCAAUCAAUGUCCCAUUUAGCAAAUCCAAGGCUCUAUGCGCUUACUAUGAGCAACUCGAUAACAUAGUCAUUGUCGUCGAUGAGAAGAUGACCGACAAUGCACGAAACUUGGCCCCUAGUUUGCGAAUCAACGCCCUGUUCAUUGUACAGCUAGAGACCAAGGAAAAGCUUGAAACCGCAUCCCAGAUAUCAGAUGCGUUGAGUGCAGCAAACAUCAACGCUGUGACGGCAUUGGCAGGACCACAGUCACUCAUUUUGGUUCAGGCUGGCGACAAGUUUUACUUCUACCGCGGUCUAGCGAACCCAAAGGUUCUAGAUACACCCAAGCUCGAAUUUGGAGCUGAUGUCACGGACAUUCUCAAGGGCGCUGAUCUAUCUGCUCUAUUGGUUGCCAAUAUCUCGAGACUACUUGACCUUGAAAAGGACAACAGUGUUGUUCUGCCCUAUUCUUCCCAGGUCGUCAAGACUUAUGAGCUGGUGAACAUGUUCGAGAAAAUGACUAUCAACCAGGUCAAGGCCAUGCAUGAUGAUAUGGCAGUGGUCGUUCCCCAGCUUCAGGCUCUUCUUGGCGAGAAGGAGCUACAGCGCUUGUCCAAGGAGCUCGUCGAUACGCUCUCUGCCAAGGUCGACAAACUGAUGGGCCCUAUGCGAAACGAGUAUGUCGCAUACCUAACCACAGAAUUCGACAUCAGCGAUAAGGAAUCUGUACUCAAGAAGAACAAGAUGCUGGGCGAGUUACGAAAGGCUAGCAAGCAAACCCAGAGUUCUCUAGAGACGGUGAUAUCGAGCUUGACGAAUAUGAUGUCGUCUCAGACGACUUCGAAGAGAACACAUGACAUGAAGAGGCUAAUUCGAAAGACCCAAAUCAGCAAUAACGUCGAGGCUACCAAGUCGAUGACUUUCGAAAGUCUAACGGAGUUGUUGGAGAGUCAUGCCCAGGAUAUGGGCGUCAUGUUUCUCAACAUCGAGACAACACCAUACAAGGAGCUUUUGAGAAACCUGCAGGCUACUACUAUAGAUGCCAAACCAGUUUGUGCUCUCGAUGAUCGGAUCCUUCACCUUGACGGCUUCGAUGCAGGCAUCAUCAUGGAACAGUCCCAGAGCGAUCACCACGGCCCUCUACGAAGCCAGUCUGGUCCAAAGCAUCCCAUACUUGCUGUCCCUUACCUCAAUAAGACCCGUGGAGAAGGUUCCAUGCUCGCAUGGGUAUGUUGGGAUGAGUUUGUCAACCUGGAGAGUCCGUAUACUGUGCGUUGGAUGGAAAAGUGCAACGAGCCUCACAUUGCUGCGCUACGAAUAAUGAUGCGAGGCACCUUGAGUCAGGCUGUGGUUUCACGAGACCUUGAUUUCCAGCCUGGUUCUCCUCAGAUCGGCCAGUUGAUGAGUUCACUCCUCAUGGCUGCUAUGGAGAAGCUGGCAGGAAUGAGAACUUCAGCACCUGUUGUUCUGGACACGGCGGAAGAUACUGUUACGAGAUUAAUGAGGGGGUUGUUUGGUAAUCUCAUGACUACAGCUGGAUCCGGAGUUCGGCCUUUGAGCAUGGUGUGGCAGCUCUUUGGUCUUACUCCACAGUACGACAUUCCUGCCUCUUCCACCGACUGGGUAUGGUAUGAGAACGUCGUCAAGCUGUAUCCUUACACCGGAUGGCCACUGAAGCAAUUCCACGACAACCUCGCUAAGCUUCUUGACAAGAUCAUUCUGCGAGUCAUCACCAAGAACGAAGACACCGCUCAAAUCAAGAUGAGUGCCGCUCUAAGUAUGGUUCAGUACUGUAAGCUUCGAAACAUCCAGCUUGAGCACUGCCGCACCAUCGUUACCGUGUUCGAGAGAAUGUUUGCUAACGACAAGGCGGAUGUCGCGAUUAUUUCUGGGCGACUGCUAGAGAAUGUCCCCACCAAGCUGGAGAAGCAGACUUCAGGGUUUACGAAGAUGAUAAAAUAUCUGAGACAUCUGUCUAAGGAUGGUGAAAGGCGUUCCGCGGACGAUCUCGUCUAUGCUAGCGUUUACACAAAGCGAUCCGCAGCAUUCAAGGAACUCAAGACCACAGUUGCUGAAGCAUGUGGGGAAAAGGACUGGGACAAGGCAAAGACAAACUGCCAGGCCCUGCUGGACGAGCAUAAAAAGAUUGCCUUGUUCUGGCAGGUUGAGCCUGGGAAGCUCAAGAUUCAGAACCUGCACACUUAUCACGAAUUGAUCGAUGCAAACUUAUCAGAGGAUGCGGACCAGGCGACAAAGGUCAAGACAAGGAAGACUGUCCAGAGGAUCCUGGAUGAUGCAGAGAAGACGAGGGUUGCUUGGCAGGUUGGCAAGGAUGCAGAAAAGAAUGGCAUUGAGCCCCUCGACGAAACCUUCCUCGAAUUAGUCCUCACUGGAAAGAAGUUCGGCACAGAAGAGAACACUUCUCAGUCACUCGUUGGGCCGGCUCCCGUUGACAAAGGAGAAUUCUCAGAGUUUGAGGGCUCUGUCGUUCCCAGAUUUAUUUCUACCAUGGAGAAGGACCUUUCCCCUGAGGAUGUGUGCGAGGUUCUCAACGUACCCGUUUCUACCAUGAGGGUGUUCAUUAAGGCUUUGAACCCUGAUUUUGAGUGGGAUGACUUGGGGCAGCAGUUCAAGAUGGUGAUUUUGGGACUUUUGAGGCACAGGACCAACAGGGUGGAGAGUAGGCCUGCUUCUAGAUUAUUGCGUGUGUUGUGA